AUGCCCGGGGCGAAUGUCAUGAGUUUUAGGCCGCUCGGGGGGCCUGUGCUGGGCGUCGCGCACAGGCUGCCGCUGAGGAACGGGCAGAGCAUCCCCCAGUGCGGCUUCGGAACGUACCGGAUGACCCCCGCGGAGGCGGGGCCGUCCGUUGAGUACGCCGUGGCUUGUGGGUUUCGGCACGUGGACUGUGCGAAGGCGUACUGCAACCAGGCCGCAGUUGGGGAGGCCCUGCAGCGUCUGACAUCGACCGGCAAGGUGAGGCGCGAGGACUUGUUUUUGACCUCCAAGCUGUGGCCCACCGAUCAGCACCCAAGCCACGUGGAGGGGGCGUGCCGAGAGACGCUGGCGGAGCUCCGCGUGGACUACCUUGACUUGUAUCUCAUUCACUGGCCGGUGGCGUGGCGCCACUCCCCGCAGUUCGCGACCGACGACGAUAAGUACCCCAAAGACGCCAGCGGAGCUGCCGCGGUGGACGACAGCGUCAAACUUAUUGAUACGUGGAGGGCCAUGUGUGAACUUGUCGAUAAAAAGUUGGUGCGUUCGAUUGGCCUUUCAAACUGUAACGAGACACACAUUAACGAAGUCAUGAGUGACGAGCGUCUUUAUGCACCGGUGGUAAACCAAAUUGAACUUCACCCGGCGUUGGUGCAGCGUGAUCUGCUUAGCCUGCACGGUGCGUACCAUAUCGUGACCGCCGCCUACAGUCCGCUGGGGAUGCCCUCGCGAUUUACGCCCCCGGGCUACAAAGGCCUGCUGACGGAUGCGGCACUGCAGCCGCUUUCUGAGUAUUCCGGGUUUAGCGUGGCCCGUGUGCUGCUAAACUGGAGCCUUGACAUGCACAACGUCGUGAUUGUGCGCUCCACCAACAAGGAACACAUCCACUCGAACGCGAAGGCCGCGCUUUUUGCCCUCUCGGACCCCGUGCGGAUGAUCCUCGACAGAUUCCAGGAGCGUGUGGGGACAGUGCGAACCAUCAACCCGACAGACUUCACUCGCAGCGGAAGGAGCUUCUUUGCGUGA